UAUUCAGUACAUAUUGCGCAGCCUAUCGUGCUGCAAGCUAAGACUAUAAAAUAAUUGUUUUUAACUAAAUUGAGAAACUAUUCAAAAAAUAUAUACAUUGUUAAUAUAUUCCUACAAUUGUUUAAGGGUUUGAAAUAUGUAUUUACCAUACACACAACUGCCCGAUCCAACGGACAAAUUCGAAAUCUAUGAAGAAAUUGCUCAGGGCGUCAACGCAAAAGUAUUUCGGGCAAAAGAGUUAGAUAAUGAUCGAUUAGUUGCCUUGAAAAUUCAGCACUAUGAUGAGGAACACCAAAUAUCGAUUGAAGAAGAGUAUCGUACUUUACGUGAUCACUGCAAUCAUCCAAAUCUUCCCGAGUUUUAUGGAGUCUACAAGCUUGAAAAGUCUAAUGCCCCUGAUGAAAUUUGGUUCGUCAUAGAGGGAAAUAAAUUACUACUUUGCUACCAAUACACUCACUCAUAUAACUCGACAACAGACAACAAAAUUUUAUGAUUCAAUUGAUUCAGCAUUUAAAUUGUGUUCAAAAAGAAAAAUUUAGUUGUAAAGGAAAAUUAAUCAAAAAAUGCAGCAUCAGAUAGAAUAUUAAUAAUUUCCGAUUAAAAUUUGACAGCUUCAGAUUUUAUACUCUUGCAACAUGUUGCUGUUAUACAAUAGUUUUGUUCACCUAACGGUUGUUUGUAUCACCUAAAAUUAUCGAGUUAGAUAUGGAGUAAUAUAUUAUAUAUAUGUAAAUUAUCAGGAUGGUGAGAGGAGUUGAAAUCCGAGUGACUGUCUGUCUGUCCGUCCGUGCAAGCGAUAAGUUGAGUAAAAAUUGACAUGUCUUACUGCAACUUGACACACGAGUUCCCUGGCAAGAAAGUGAGAACGAGUUCGUAGAUGGGCGUAAUCCGAUGGGCUAUAUCACAGAAAUUCGCACAGGACAUAUCAUUUCGAUACCUCUUGCGACAGUAUGAAAAAAUGUGAAACGCUCAAAUAAACGAUUUUUUAGGUUUUUUAUUUUUAUCUUGUACAAAUUUUUUUUCACGAAAUUUGUGGUAAGCUUACCUUCUUAUACUCCCAAAUACAAAAUAUUUUUUUUUAAUUUAAUGUUUUUUCUCCUCUAUUUUAACUUAAUAUCGACCAAAUAUCUUUAUUUUCAAUCAAAAAUUCUCAAGUCAAAAUAUACGAUUAUUUUAAGGAGUCAGUCGACUUUAUAUAUUUAUGUUUUAGUUUCUACUUUUUUGUGUAAUAAAAAUGAUAUACAUUUCUUUCAAAAAAAAAAGACAACCCUAAAUAGCUCAAAAACGAUUUGAAACUGCUUUUUCUAUUUCAUUCACCCAUUACGUCUUAGCAGCUGUAAAAAAUCUGUUUUGAAUAGUUUUCUUGGUUUUUUGGUUGUAUUUUUUGAGAUAGUAGUAAUGUAUAUAAUGUUUAUACCGUCACAAAUUUAUAUUAAGUCAAAAUAGAGGAAAAGAAAUUAAUUUCUUAAGUAAAAAAAAAUGCAAUGUACUUGGGGCAUAAGAAGAUAAAUUUACACGAAAUUUCGUGAAAGAAAACAUUUUUUGGAUAAGAUAAAACCACAAAAUCCAAAAAUUUGGUUAUUUGAACUUUUCACAUACAUUUUGAUGUUAAGAAUAUAAAAAUAUAUAAAAAAAGUUUCGUUCGGUUUUUUAUUGAUUUUUCAAAAGAUUAUAACUUUGUGUACAUUUUUCCGAUUUAAGUCAAAUAUGCGCCGUUCUGUUCGUAAACUUGUUGCCAACGAGAUGCCAACUUCAUUAUACCCCUCUCGUAGAAGACUGCAAAAAAGCUCGGAGAGCCAAUUUUCACAGGCCUCUCUUGAGGCCAACUUCUCACCAUUAAGCACGUUCGCCAUGGACAGGAAAAGAUGGUAAUCACUUGGUGCCAGGUCCGGACUACAAGGUGGGUGCAUUAGAACCUCCCAUCCGAGCUCCAGGAGCUUCUGGCGAGUCACCAAAGACGUGUGUGGCCUGGCGUUGUCCUGAUGGAACACAAUUCGGCCUCUGUUGAUCAAAGAUGGCCUCUUCUGGAUGAGUGCUGCCUUCAAGCGGUCCAGUUGUUGGCAGUAGAGGGCCGAAUUGAGCGUUUGGCCAUAGGGGAGCAGCUCGCAAUAGUUGAUUCCUUGCCCAUCCCACCAAACAUACAGCAAAACCUUCCUGGCCGUUAAUCAGGUCUUGACCACCAUCUGGGCCGCUUCCGCGAGCUUUGACCACGACCGUUUGCGCUCGAUGUUGUCAUAAGUGACCCAUUUUUCAUCGCCAGUCGCAAUCCACUUCAGAAACGGGUCGGUUUUCUUGCGAUUCUGCAGCGAUUUGCAGAUGGAAAUUCGAUCCAUCAUGUUUUUUGCGUGAGUUCGUGUGGCACCCAAACAUCGAGCUCCUUUUUGAAUCCAAGGUUAUGCAAAUGGUUCCAAACGAAUUUCUGGCUUAUCUUUAGUUCCUCAGCAAUUAAAUAAGUGCUCACGUGACGGUCUGUUUCCACUAUUUCCAUGAUUUUAUCGCAAUUUUCAACGACAGGCCUCCCGACGCGUGGUGCAUCUUUGACAUCGAAAUUACCGGAACGGAACCUAGCAAACCACUUUUGUGCUACAUGUUCGUUUACAGUAUCGGGCCCAUAAACUAAAUUAAUUUUUUUAGCCGCUUUGGCUGCUUUUUCGCUUUGAUCGAAGAAAAAUUGUAAAAUAUAGCGAAUUUUCUCUUUGUUGGUGUCCAUCUUUGACGAGCGCUCACAACGAACUGAGUAAAUCAAUCGAAAAACUAACAAAAAGACAAACUUUUAGCGCGAAAAAACACGUUUUCAGCGCCGUAUAGUAUGACAUGAUGCGACACGUAACACUAGUACUAUGGACAAUAACCUCAUCUCUUAGAUAAUAACCGAACGAACUUUUUACUUGACCUAAUAUAAUAAAAGUUAUCUAUUUACCAAUCUACUGCGGCGUAUGUAAACGGACGGCACUUCUAUAGGUUCAAUAUUCCAUUUGCAGCGAUGAAUAUUUUAUUACCAUAUCUGUUCUACACUCGUGCUGUUACCUAUGACGACGAUCUCGGAACAGAGCGAAAAUGACAAAUGCCAGUCCAGUACCAGACGUACCACGCAUUUAUCAGGGAGAGUUAUGUUUAGAACGUCUGUUGUUCUACUUAGAAUCUGGCUGGCUAGAUAAAUAUACAUAUUUAUUUUUAGAAUUUCGUAAGCAUCGAUCAAAUAGUUUUGAGUUAUCUCACAGCACUAUAAGUGCUUCUGAACCAAAUAAGGUUAAUAAGCGACCUGAGUGCUUUUUUUUUAAAGUGAGCUAUGUUAAUUCUGAAAGCAGAACUAUCCAAGAACGCUGACAGACAUGCUACUUUCGCGGCUAAAGUUUUUUUCCUUUACUGAUGUUAACAAAAGGCGAUUGUUGUAACUUCUUUUUGGUAAAUAAACUGCAUAUCCGUGUUAUAUUGCCUAAGUUCAAUGUCUCUUAAAGGACAUUGUUCACUCGAGAAGCAUAUGUGCAAUAUGUUGUAAAAUUGUAAUAUAUUUGUAAACGCCUUUAUAGUAUUGCAGUGGGGGUACAGCCGUGGAUAUGGUUAACAAAUUGGUAAAACUAGAACGGCGCAUGCGUGAGGAGCAUAUUGCCUACAUUAUACGCGAGAUAUGUAGAGGCGCUAUCGAGCUAAAUAGAAACCACGUGAUACAUAGGGAUAUCAGAGGUGAUAAUAUACUUCUUACUAAAGAUGCACGAGUCAAGCUAUGUGAUUUCGGUUUGUCACGUGAAGUUGACUCGACAUUUGGAAAACGUGGAACAUGUAUAGGAUCACCUUGUUGGAUGGCUCCGGAAGUUGUGACUGCAAUGAGUGCAAAGGACGCUGAGAUUUCCUCUAGGGCAGAUGUCUGGGCGCUAGGGAUAACUACAAUUGAAUUAGCUGAUGGCCAACCACCUUUUGCCGAUAUGCAUCCCACACGGGUUAUGUUUCAAAUAGUGCGUAACCCUCCGCCGACUUUAUUACGGCCAACUAAUUGGUCACAACAAAUCAAUGAUUUUGUAUCGGAGUGUUUGGAGAAAAAUGUGGAGAAUAGGCCAAUGAUGGUUGAAAUGAUUGAACAUCCAUUUCUGAACGAAUUGUUCGACAAUGAUGAAGAAAUGCAAGCAGAUCUUCGCGAACUAUUAGUUUUUUGUAGAGAUGCUCCACCUAUAUACAAGGAACCUGAAAUAUUUGUUGACAGAGGUUAUAUAAAACGAUUCGGAGGAAAACCGGAACGUAUGCACCCAGAAGAUUUGGCUGCAAUUGAAAAUCCAACAGACGAAAUGAUUUUAGAGUCACUACGAAACCGCAUGGAGCUCGGUGGAUCUUAUAGUUUUAUCGGUGACGUUUUAUUAUCAUUAAAUUCAAACGAUUUGCUAACAGACUUUGAUGAAGAGUUCCACAGUAAAUAUAAAUUUAAAUCGCGUUCGCAAAACUCUCCCCACAUUUUUGCCGUUGCUGAUAUUGCUUAUCAAGAUAUGAUACACCACAAAGAACCACAACACGUUGUAUUUUCAGGGGAGAGCUUUUCUGGUAAAUCAACCAACGUACGUCUGCUCAUAAAUCAUUUAUGUUACCUCGGAGCUGGUAAUCGAGGAGCUACCGUAAGAGUAGAAAAUUCUAUAGAAGCAAUUCAAAUGUUGGUCAACGCAGGUACACCUAUUAACAAUGAGUCCACACGUUGUGUGCUGCAGUACUUCCUAACCUUUGGUCAGACAGGGAAACUUAGUGGUGCUGUGUUUAAUAUGUAUAUGUUAGAGAAGCUUCGAGUUUCCACUACUGACAUGAACCAACACAACUUUCAUAUCUUUUACUAUUUCUACGAUUUUAUGAAUAGUGAAAGUCUACUAAAAGAGUAUCAUUUAAAAAGUGAGCGUGGAUAUCGGUAUCUGCGCAUUCCAGCAGAAAUGCAAUCCACUAAAUUGAAAUACCAUCGCGAUGAUCCUAUUAACAAUGUUGAACAUUACAAACGCUUCGAGAGCAUUUUGCAAGAUCUUGAUUUUAAUCACAAACAACUAGAAACAUUGCGCAAGGUUCUUGCUGCUAUUUUAAAUAUUGGCAACAUUCGAUUUCGUUCUUCUGGUAAAUAUGCAGAAGUGGAAAAUACCGAAAUGGUUACUCGCAUAGCGGAAUUAUUGCGAGUAGACGAGAAAAAAUAUAUGUGGUCAUUAACAAAUUUUAUUAUGGUUAAAGGCGGCAUAGCAGAGAGACGUCAAUACAGUACUGAAGAAGCACGUGAUGCCAGGGAUGCUGUGGCAUCGACAAUAUAUUGUCGGCUCGUCGAUUGGAUAAUUAAUAAGAUAAAUAUGAAUUUAUCAUUUCCUCGUGCUGUCUUUGGUGACACUAACGCCGUCGUUGUGCAUGAUAUGUUUGGAUUUGAAUGUUUUCAUAGAAAUGGUUUAGAACAGCUGAUGAUAAAUACUUUGAAUGAGCAAAUGCAGUAUCACUAUAAUCAACGAAUUUUUGUAAACGAAAUGCUCGAAAUGGAAGCAGAUGAUAUACCCACGGACAAUUUGAAUUUCUAUGACAACAAGACGGCUCUUGAUAAUUUGUUGACAAAACCAGAUGGGCUCUUUUACAUAAUAGAUGAUGCUUCCCGAACCAGUCAAGACCAAGAUCUUAUUAUGGACCGUGUUGUAGAAAAGCAUAGUCAAUUCGUUAAGAAGCACACAGCUACCGAAAUAUCAGUCGCGCACUACACCGGGCGAAUAAUAUAUGAUACACGGGCCUUCACAGAUAUCAACCGUGACUUUGUGCCUCCAGAAAUGAUCGAAUCUUUUCGAUCUUCGAUGGAUGAAAAUAUAAUGAUGAUGUUUACGAAUCAACUAACAAAAGCAGGCAACUUGACAAUGCCAUUUGAAAGUGUACAACAUAAACCAGAAGAUUCUCAAAGAAAAUCUUAUCCACUAAAUACUUUAUCAGCCGGCUGUAUUUCCCAAGUUAAUAACCUGCGAACUUUGGCCGCAAAUUUUCGCUUCACUUGUUUAGCUCUCCUCAAAACUUUGACACUUAAUAAUAAUUUGGGCGUACACUUUGUUCGGUGCAUAAGAGCGGACUUGGAAUAUAAGCCGCGAGCGUUUCAUAGUGAUAUGGUUCAACAACAAAUGAAGGCUCUUGGGGUAUUGGAUACAGUGAUCGGCAGACAACGAGGCUACUCUUGUCGGAUCACAUUUCAAGAGUUUCUUAGACGUUAUCAAUUUUUAGCAUUCGAUUUUGAUGAAACUGUGGAUAUUACCAAAGAAAACUGUCGUCUAUUAUUGAUUCGUUUAAAAAUGGAAGGCUGGGCUAUUGGAAAAACUAAAGUAUUCUUACGAUAUUAUAAUGACGAAUUUUUGGCAAGAUUGUACGAAGUUCAAGUGAAAAAAGUGAUUAAAGUUCAGUCAAUGAUGAGAGCGUUGCUAGCACGAAAGCGAAUGAAAGGGGGCAAGGAUCCCAAAAAAGCAAAAGGAAUCACUCGUAAUGAUGAGGCAGCCACUAAAAUACAAAAAGCUUUUCGUGGAUAUCAUGACAGACAACGUUUUCAGCCCUUGGUCAAUGAAAAAACGGGCCACUUGAAUGAAGAAACGGCGGUAUUUAUACGAGUGUAUGCUAAAAAGUGGCGAGAAAAAUCUUUAUUUCAAGUCUUGUUGCACUAUCGUGCAGCAAGAUUUCAGGAUUUCGUUAACUUAGCACAACAGGUACACAUAUAUAAUCAAAGAUUUUUCGCUGGAAUAAAUAAAUGUACACGUAACGUACCAUUUGAUCGGAUAAACACGCGCGAAGUGAACUCUUCUCAACUAGGGCCAUUGCCUAUCCCGACAAAAAAGUUACCGUUCCGAUUAGAUCAAAUUCCUUUCUAUGAUACCCAAUAUAUGGUUAAUGCAGCUAAUUCAAUAUCUAGACAAAGUUUCUCAAAUACUUUAAUCACUUAUGACGACGAAGAUCCUUGGGAUAGUCCGCUACAGCGAAACCCUUCAAUGACUUCUUGUUUACUUACAUACAACGCGUAUAAAAAAGAACAAGCAUGUCAGACGAAUUGGGAUCGGAUUGGGGAGAGUGACGUAAUCUACAAUCAAAACUACUACCGAGACCCACAGCUUGUAAAAAGGAAUCAAGUACAAAUGAACAUGAAUGCGUAUAACAACUAUAAUCAGUACAACAAUAAUUAUAACAAUGUACCUUCAAAUAUGUGGAGCAAUCGAACAGGUUCGCGUCGAAACUCCUUAAAGUCAUACUUUGCCCCACCACCACCGCCUAUGCCGCCCGCAAAUAUGGUGUACCGCAAUGACCCCGAUCAGGCACGUACAAUGCAGCAGAAUCCAAACCAAUUGAGUCAUACAAAUCAAAGCUCUCAACAACGCUCUUCGUUUGUACCUUCAGACCCAAUACGAGAAUUGAAGGACUUUGUGCGUCGUUCUAAUGAUGAGGAUAGUUCUGAAGACCCUCCAUUUAAUUUCAAGGCAAUGCUUCGUAAAACGAAUUAUUCUCGUCCUGAUUCCACUGUUUAUGAAUUUAAUAAUCAGAUGCCAAAUAAUAACAACGAAAAUAUAAGAUUUCAACCAUCAAAACUUCGCUCUACAGCUCACCGUCCCGAUGAUUAUAAUAAUCACAAGUUGAAUUCAAGUGAUCAGCAUAACUUUGUAAACCGAGCACCCUCUUUAAAGCAGACGGUUGUAGGAAAAAGUUUCGAUAACACAGAUGCUAAGUCGUUUGAGGAAGCUGGUUCAUAUGUCGAGGAGGAGAUUGCACCAGGUGUUACAUUAUCUGGAUAUGCCGUUGAUAUUUAAUACCCUGUUUUAGAGAUUUUUUUUAGUAAAUAAGGUAAUUUACGCAAUAUUGUGGUAGCGGAGAAAGUCUUCGCCGUACCAAUAAAAAUAAUACAUAAA